AUGGUUGGCCAAGACCCGGCCACCAGCCCCAAAAUGGAGGAUCUCGCGAGCAUCAGCGAGGUGCCCGUCGAUGUGCCUGCUGCUCCUAAGGAGGACUCGAAGAAGGAGGCCAAUGGCCAGCCCAAUCCGAGUGCCACCGUGCCUCCGCCGAAGACUGACAAGCCCCGCCCUCAUGGUUGUACGACAUGCGGUCGGUCCUUCGCUCGAUUGGAACACCUCAAGCGCCACGAGCGCUCGCAUACCAAGGAAAAGCCCUUCGAGUGCCCCGAAUGCUCGCGCUGUUUUGCUCGUCGGGACCUUCUUCUCAGACAUCAGCAGAAAUUACAUAUGACGACCACUCCGUCGUCCCGCCCCAGAAAUGGCCGGCGCGAGAGCACUGGGGGCGCUUCUACUGGAGCGAAUCGCGUUCGCAAGAAUUCGAUCGCCAGCAACGCCAGUACCAUGCGUCCUCGGGCCAACACCAUUAGCCAUAUUGACGGGGCUUCCCUGGGGCUUGUAAAUCCCUCCAACCCGCCAUCCGCACCAGGGGGUCACUCCGGGCAUACUUAUCACCCAAGCAUUGGUUCCGCGUCCGUGGGUCCAACCCUAGACUUUCGUGGUUUUGCCUCGGGCCAUCAUGCUCCGAUGAAUGGCCUGACAAAGCUCGAAACAUCCGGGUUGCCCAUGGAUCUUUCCGGCGGUCUCCGCACGGCCCCCGUGUACGGGAGCUUCGACCUCAACGUCCCCGACAUGUUUUUGGGACAUGGUAGUACCAUCAAUCCAGCUCAGCUUCAUUUCGGAGGCUCCCCACAGCCCUACGGUAAUGACUCGCCCUCAUCACCAUAUGCCCAUGGCGCCCAUCAUAUGCCUGCGACGGAUGCGAUGAUGGACGACGAUUUCAGCUUCGAUUGGAUGAAUACCUUUGACCCGGCCGUGACAAUGGGUAAAAGCAGCGAUUCCGUGAUCGAUGAGUCGUCCCCUUCCGCCAUGAGUACGGGGAGUCAGAGCGGGAUUAGCGAAGCCAUGAUGGAUGGAUCGCAUCGCUAUUCUAUCUCUUCAGCUGGCUGGCACAACCCGUUUCCCCCACAUUCGGCGGCGCCCCCAGGCCAGUUUCCCCUCGAGUACAACUCCUCGAGCUUUAACGAUAUAGGAAUCCCGCCAGAAACUGUUUCUCCGAAGUCAUUGAUGGCUCAGAAUCCGUUCGCGGAAACCUAUGCUACACCCCCAUCCAUGACUUCCGUUGGCCAGCCCAUGAUGGGUGGACAUUCGCAGAGUAUGUUUUCAUCCUCUAUGGCAACAAACGGAGAAUCUCCUAAUCCUCUCAACCUGCCUUUCGCGAAUAGUGCCCUACGAACUCACCAUUCCCCAAGCUCCACGGAUACAUUUACAGACUCCACCCGACAGGCUUUAUUAGCAAGCAUGGCGCACCCGACCAGUCUCAAUCACCGCAAGUACUCCCAGCCCACCAGCGGCAUGAUUCCCUGCCGCGAUCUCUUUUCUCGUUCCUCCACCUUCACCGGCCCCGGUCAAUUACCCAGCACCUCGGACAUGCAGCGUUACAUCUCCGCCUACAUCACCUACUUUCACCCACACAUGCCUUUCCUUCAUAUCCCGACCCUUGAUUUCCAAGCACCGGAAUACACCAGCAAGCUACGGACUCCCAGCGGACAUCUCAACCUUAGUUCAACCGGCGUUACUGGGGGUGGUGGCUCCCUGAUCCUUUCGAUGGCAGCAAUCGGGGCGCUCUACGAAUUUGAUACUGCCGCCUCCAAAGACCUCUUCGAAGCUGCCAAGAAGAUGAUUCAACUCUAUCUAGAGGAGCGCCGUAAGGCUGACAUGUCGACUGCGAUCGGGCGCCAAAGUCAUGCCCGUGACAGCUCGGUGCAAAAUACCCCGCUGUGGUUGGUUCAAGCGAUGCUCCUCAACGUCAUCUAUGGCCAUACCUGCGGUGACAAGACGUCGGCUGAUAUUGCGAGUACUCACUGUGCGGCGUUGGUCAGCCUUGCCCGAGCGGCUGAAUUGAACCGUCAUCUGGAUGCGAAGGAUCUCUCUCAGGACUACCUCGCUGCUGGGCUCAGCAACCGCAUUGGUGCUGGUCCCGACGGCUUGAGCCAGCCAGUCUCCGGACAACCAAAGGAAAGGAAAGACUGGCUGGACUGGAAGAUCGUAGAGGAGCGGAAGCGCACUCUCUACGCCAUCUUCGCUCUUUCGUGCUUUCUUGUGUCGGCCUACAACCAUGCACCGGCUCUUACCAAUUCUGAGAUCCGCCUCGAUCUACCCUGCGAAGAAGAUCUCUGGGCCGCGGAGUCCCCGCAGGCUUGGAAGAGGCUAGGUGGACAGUCAUCCCCCAAGAAGGGGCUGUCCUUUUCCGCAGCCUUGACCACGCUUUUGACCGCCAGUCAACGAGAACAGCAGUCGUCUCAGUCGAUACCAACCCAGGUAUCGGGAAAUGACAGUUCUUCCGAUGAUUCAUCUCGUGGGGAAUUAAAGCUGAGUACUUUUGGCUGUCUGGUCUUGAUCUAUGCCCUGCACAAUUACAUCUGGGAGACUCGUCAACGACACAUGGGCCGGCAAUGGACGUCUCGAGAAACAGAGGCCAUGCAAGCUCAUAUCGAACCGGCAUUGCGAGCCUGGCAAUCUGCUUGGGCGAGCAAUCCCGUGCACAGCUUGGAGCGCCCCAAUCCGUUUGGCGCCGGACCUCUGUCUGCCGAUAGUAUUCCUUUAUUAGAUCUCGCCUAUGUAAGGUUAUUCGUUAACCUUGGCCGGUGCAAGGAAGCAUUCUGGCAGCGUGACUGGAAUGCUAUGUCGGACGAGCUUGCGCGUGGAAUAGAGGUUGUUCACCCCAUGGAUGACAUCCCCUCCGAUGUCCUGGACCCAUCAAUCACCGAAGGCUCGGACCUGACCAACAACCGGCGCGAUUCAGUGGCCGAUCUGGGAGUGGGAGAUCUUUCCAUAUCCACCACUCCCACCCAGGAUCAUCCUCUGCAGACCCUUAUGGGGGUAUAUCGACCUGGUCAGACCAAACGUGAGAGACAUCUUCGCAAGGCAGCGUUCUAUGCGGCGGACUCCAUAUCGAUGUCCGAUCAACUUGGAAAUACCUUUGCCGAGUUCACAUGCAGGGAACUACCCAUUCAAUGUGCCAUGUGUACUUUUGAUUGUGCCCAGGUCCUUGCAGAAUGGAUCACCACUGUCCAAGAGCGCGUUGGCCCCUACCUAGGCGUGUUGGGUCAGGACGAUGUUGAUCUCACGCAAGCUACCAGUCUUCUACUGCUCGAGGAGGAGGACUGCAAACUGCUGAGCAAAAUUACGGAGAUCCUUGCUAGUGUGGAAGGCAAAAUGCAGAGGGAAGUUCAAAGCGGCGUAACCAUGUCCGCCCUGAGCGUCCUACAACGCCUGCCUAGCGUGGUCGAGGGGGGUUAUGGUUGCAAGAUCCUGCUGGCCACGGCGAGUCUCCUUGACCGGGCUGCUGUUUGGCCGGUGACAAAGCUCAUGGCUCGAUCCCUUGAAGCACAAGCUAUGCGGCUGAAGGAGCGUGCUGAAAGCUCCGCUAUAGGAACGAGCUAG